UUCUAUUAAAAUUGUACACACAAAAAAGGAUUACGUGAAUCAUAGUUAUAUUAAAUUUAUGUCUAAACUUUAAGCCGAAAAAUGCAUUAGAUUAGGGAGACUAUGAGAGAAAAACAUGGGGAAAUAUCUUAAUUUUCUCAUAAGUACGACUAUAUACGACAUAAAUAUUUUUUUGGAUAAGAACCCAUACCAAUUAUUAGAACACGGGUUGGGUCGGAUUCUACGGGUUGUGUAAUCUAAAAUCUAAACCCUCCACAAAAGAGACGGGUUGUACAAAAGAAAACUCUCACUCAACUAAAACCUUCAUUUUAGUGAUAAAUACGGGUGGGUUCGAUCAGUUUGGACGAUUGAGUCGGUUUACGGGUGUGUUUGUUCACCCAUAUCCAUAAGAACGCUUGCAUCCUGAAGUUGUGGAUUGUUAGAACGCACAAUCCUACAAGGUAAAGACAUAAGUUGAGUCAAUUUAGUGGGGUUUAUGAACACUAUGUUUGGCAACAAGGGGGGUGCAAGUUCGAGUGGGGUACAAGUUGAGGGGUAAAUUGUUGGGGGGUGCAACUUGGUGGAGGGUGUAAGUGGAGGGGUAAAUUGUUGUUUGGAUGAAAAAGUAGGGGGGUGCAAAUAGAGUAAAAAGUAAGUAAUUAUAUUAUUAUAAAAUAGAUUUAUCAAUUUAUAAAAUAUUAUCACAAACAUGAAAAUUCAAUAUAUAAUAAUAAAAAUAAUAAAUAAAAAUAAUUUUAAUAAAAAUAAUUAUUAUAUAAUAAUGCUCAAAUAUAAUUAUUUAUAACAACAAUAAUAAUCAUUGGUCGAGCAACCUCGAAACUCGAAAUCCAACUCGUAACUGGUCCUAAGGGGGUUCUCGUGCCUAACUUUAAAUUGAAUAUGGUCAAACUUAGUCAAACACGUUCGAAUCUGUAAGUUUUAACUACUUAUUAAAGUAAAUCGAGUUAACUAAACUGUUCCUCUCUAUCUUUUCAACAAAUGCUUCUUAUCUCUAAUUUUCAAUGCAAAUUCGGGUCAACUAAGAGAUAUCGAUUUGACGAGGCGAACAUUGACAAACUUGCUCUCUGAGUCAAACGGUCAACCCCAAACAACUUCUACACUAAUAUAGAUAUAAGAAAAAUUAAUAAUAUUAAUUAUUAUGUAAUUAUAGUCUAAUUAAAAAUUCAUAAUUCCCCUCCUCCCCCUUCCCCCUCCCUUCCUUCCUUCCCUUGCACCCCAAUUUGGGGGGUAAGCCGAAACAGUGAAUUUGCGCUCACGUUUUGCACCCCCUACUGUUACAAAAUAACCAAACGGGGGUAAACACCUUGGAACUUGUGUUUACCCCUCCAAACUUGCACCCCCUUCCAUUUACACCCCUUCCCAAACAUAGUGGAAGAGUAGUUGCUUCUAUUUUGUGCAUGGAUUGCUACUUGCUGUUCUAGUUAGUGGGGUUCACACCUCAAUCGAUUCCCAAUCUUGGUUCUAGAUGUGAGCAAUUAUUUGUAGCUAGGGCACGGAAUUGUAUGAUGUGUAGUGGACAAAGAGAUGAUUUGGCGGGUGACAUCAUUUGUUGUUUUCAUGAUUGAUGGAUUGAAUCCUCUCUCGUUUGGACAAUAGUACUAGUGGACCAUUACUAUGAAAAGCCAUCAUAUGGGGAUUGAAACGGAUUCGAGUGGAGCUGAUUUUCGUAUAUAUCAUCUCUUAGAAUCAUGAUUUUAAAAUUGUAAUCAUUUCUAUAAUUAAAAUUCUGUGAGAUGUAAUAUUUCAUACAAAAACCAACUAGUAUGCGAUUUGGGAAAAACCCACCUGCACCAUUCCAUACAAUCAUGUAUAAAGUUUUUAUGCAAUAUAAAAAAUAAAAACUUCAUCAUGUCAAUAGAAAAUGAAACUCAUUUGUAAAAUUGUUUGUAAAACUUAGAGAAAUUGAAUAAGAUCUUAGUCUAGAUAAUUAUAAUGUUUUAGAGAAAUGGAUGAGCGAAGUGUUAAAAUGAAUGAGUAUAUAACAUAGUUGUAAUACAUACUCGGGGUGGGUUAGGUGUCACUACUUAAAAUACCAAAAAUCACACCAAGCUCAUUCAGUGGCAGACCCAAGAAUUUUAUAUAGGGGUGUCCCAUUCAAAAUUAAAUUAAAAAGUAUUAAAUAUGAAAAUAUUCAACUAGUAUAAAUUACAGAAAAAUGCCAUGAUGUGUUUUCAUAUUUUAAAAAACAAUUGUAAAAUACAGUCACUGUCUAUGGUGCUCAACAUAUCUAUAUAUCUUACUAGACAAUCAUUCGCAAACUAAUUGCAUAUUUGAUUGCAAAACUUGUUCUAAAUGUAACCCAAAGUUGAAAAUCUCACUCAAUACUUAGAAUUGCAACUGGUAAAAUCAAUAAAACUUCUUGAAGCAAUAGACCAACGAAUAUGAUAGGUUCACUUUUGUCUCCCCCAUUGACCUGAUAUAAUUCAACAAUAGAAUACCUCAUCAUUCUUAACACAAUGCUAAUAAUUCUCAAGCUAACGUAGAAGAAAAUAAUAAUGAAAAGGUAAUCAAGCCCAACCAAGCAAGAUUUGUGCCAAAUAGGAAUACCAAUAAGAACAUAUUGAUUCUCCAAGAAAUAGUCCAUUCGAUGUCAAGGAAGUCAGACAAGAAGGGAGAUAUGUUUCUCAAAAUCGAUCUUGAUCAAAGGGUUCCUGGGUAGAUAGUGUUACUUCGAACUUCAUCGCAAUAUCUUUAGUGAAUUGUCGGAAAUCACACAACUGUGAAUCUCCGACCGUGGAUAGUCAGUAUUAGGAUUCUUAUUCUCCCAAUACUGGAAACCACGUAAAAAUCGUGGGGUGUCUUCUUACUCUGUAUUUCAGUUUCUAUUUUGUUUGCAUCUCUGUGUUCGUGUUCUGGUUGUGCAGGGAAGAUCGCUCAAGAACAGCUAAGGAAGACGAACGAGUGCAGGGUUGGAGAACUCGUUGAGACUGGGUUUGAUUUAAUCGUUAUCAUAAUUGUCUGGGUUCAUUACUUACUGUCGUGUUCUUGAUUUUCCUCCCAUGUUCUUCAUUCUAAUAGAAGCAAGUUACCUUUGGAUCGAAGGUGCAAGCAGGAGUGAAGACUAAGUUUGAAUUUAAUACACAGUCAUUUUUGGGUUGGUCACUUAGAGACUGGGUCGGGAUGAAUAAUAAGUUGGGCUGGGUUUCCUGGUUGGUUAUUUCUUCCGCUUGAGUUGAACAGUUAGGCUUAGAAGCCAGUCAGGCAAAAUGAUAGGCUUACUGGUUAGGUUUCAUUUAAUAGCCUAAGUAAAGUUUUAAACGAGUAACUAAGCUAAGGUGUUUGAUUAGCGUGUAGAGUUUAGGCUGAGGUCCUUUUAGCAGACACACUAGGUAGAUAGUUGGUGUAGCAAGUAAAUUAAUCAUUUAGUUUGUCUUUUAUGUUCAAUUGGGUCAAACAUUAUAAUUGAGCUUAUUUGUGGUUAAGUUAUUGAAAGACAGGUAUAAAGUCUCGCGCUCGACGCAACCAACACGUGGCAUCAGAGCAUGGUUACCGUAGAACAAGGUUCAACGACCUCCGGUGUUAAUCAAGAUGGCGCGGGUCCCAAAAAUAAUGCUCCACUCUAUCUGGCUGACGGAUUCUCUCAAAAUCGGCCUCCCAGAUUUGAAGGAGUUAAUUAUGGGUAUUGGAAAAAUCGCAUUGAAUUAUUUGUUGGAUCCACAGAUCCAAAACUCUGGGCUAGAGUCAUCAAAGGUCCAUACGAGCUCAAGGUAGAUCAAGAAAAAUGGACAGACAAAGACUUCGAAAAGUUUCAGCAAAACUGCAAGGCAAAAAAUCUUAUGUACUGUGCACUCGGGCCAGAAGAAUAUCACAAAGUUGCUGGAUGCAAGACUGCUAAGGAAAUCUGGGACAAGCUCCAGGUUACUUAUGAAGGUACUUCUCAAGUCAAAACAUCUCGAAUCAAUUCAUUAAAACAGCAAUUCGAGUUGUUCAAAAUGGAAGAAGGAGAAACUAUCCGGAAAAUGUAUGAGCAUUUCACAAACAUUGUGAACAGUCUGGAGAACCUUGGAAAAUCUUAUGAAAGUGGAGAUCUUGUUAGAAAAAUAUUAUGGAGUCUCCCAGAGCAAUGGACUCCGAAGGUAACUGCAAUAGAAGAAGCUAAAGACCUGGAGACGUUAGCUAUAGAUGAACUCAUCGGGUCAUUAGCAACUCAUGAGGACAAGCUCAACAAAGGAAAUUCUGAUAAAGGAAAGAAGGAAAUAGCCUUCAAGGCUACCACAUACAACGAAGACACUGAAGAUCUCUAAGAUAUGGAGGAUGAAGAAUUGGACCUACUAUGCAAACAAAUUAGUAGAUUGCUUCGUAUGAGAAAAGAAAAACGAAGAGGAAACUUCGUUAACAAGAAUAGAGAAUUUGAGAAAGAAGCUGGUGUAACAAAAUAUCCUCAAUCAAGAGCAUUCCACAAAAGCAAGAAUGAACAGGUUCAUCCGGUUAAGGUUCAAAACACUACCGGAUGCUUUAGAUGUGGGAAAACUGGGCAUAUCAAGGCUGAAUGUCCUCUAGUACGAAAAGAAUGAGCCAUGGAUGCAACAUGGAGCUGCAUCAAAGAGUAAGAUGAAGAUGAAGAGGAAACAAGAGAAGAAAGUUACAUGGCUAUUGAUGUUGAGAAACUAUCAGAGGGACACAACUCAAACGAGGUUUGCUUCCAAGUGAGCAUGGAGGCAACUUAAUGGAUACUAGACAGUGGAUGCUCAUACCAUAUGACAGGAAAUCGAAACUUGUUCACCACACUCAAAAAAGGUAAAAGUGGUAAGGUAUUUUUUGGUGACAAUAAUUCUGCUGAAAUAAUAGGAAGAGGCAUAGUAGGUUCAGAUCCAUGCAUUGAGAAUGUGAUGCUAGUAAAAGGCCUUAAGAAUA